GUAAUUUUUCAAUUCAACGGAGACAGAGAUGAAAGUAAAGAUCUACUAAGGUAACCAGUUCCUCAUGGAGCAUACCCUACGCUACUCAGUUUGAAUUGAAGUUAGGGCGGUGAAGUGAAGCAAUGCGCACCAGCAGCAGCAGCAGCAGCAUUUCAGAAGCAAGAUGGUUAACCGUAACCCUAACCCUAACAAUAACAACACUCUCCGCCAUCACCAUCUCCGCAUACAUUUUCAAGCGUAAAUUCCACGCUCUCAAAUCCAAAAUCCACGAACUCGAAUCAUCUCUCAAAUCUUCCUCCGAUCAAUGCUCCUCCGAACGCCGAGGCCGAAUCAAGGCUCAACAGUUGUUGAGAAAAGAAUUAACGAAACCUAAAUCGGAUAACCUAAAUCUCACUUAUUAUCCUAUGAUCCCCAUUGGCACCAUCCAAUCUUGCUUCUCUACCAGGAAUGGGACACCGAGACAACCAUUACUUGUACCACUUGCUAGAGCAUGUCUGGUUUUCAAUACAAGCCGUGUUCCUCCAGCGUCUCUUGAAGGUCUAUCUGAAUAUUCUCAUUGCUGGAUUAUAUAUGUAUUUCAUUUAAAUACCAAUCUUGAAAAGAUGUGGAAGCAUCCAUCUAAAUCAGGAAUCAAAGCUAAGGUGAAGGUCCCUAGACUUAAUGGUGGAAGGGUGGGAGUGUUUGGCACGAGAUCCCCACAUCGUCCGUGCCCCAUUGGGCUCACAGUUGCAAAGGUAGAGGCUGUCCAGGGAGAUAUGGUUUUGCUUUCUGGUGUGGAUCUGGUUGAUGGCACUCCGGUGCUUGAUGUCAAACCCUAUUUACCAUUUUGUGACAGCAUCCAAGAAGCUGCGGUGCCAAAUUGGCUUAUGGGGGAUAAUUUGCUUUCAGUAGCUUCUGUUAGCUUUACGGAGGACUUCACUUCAUCACUUGAAAAUUGCUGGAUAAUGGCAGAAAAAAAGUCACUCUAUGCAUCACCAGAUGAAUUCCAAAGCUUAAUAAAGCAGGUUCUAUCAUGGGAUAUUCGGUCAUUGAGUCAGCGAAAUAGACCUCAUGAAGCUAUCCCGAUGAAAGAAAAAGAUGAACUCUUGGAUGAUACUUCUGAUGUAGAUGAGCACCAAGAUGAAACAGCUAUUGUCCCUGAAACAGAGCAGAAUUCUCUAAAUCCUGACGAAGUAGUUUAUCACCUCUUCUUGGAGGGACUCAAUGUCCACUAUAGAAUUACUCAGGAUGGUAAUGUCAUUGUAGAAAAGGUAUCAACCUCUGCUGUCUUUGACAAAAAGAUUAGUCCCUGCAAUUACUUGACAUGGAAAGACAGGAUGCAGUGAUUUCUAUCGUUGCACCUGCACCUGAUUAUUUUUUUUAAAUACAAUUACCUGUCUAAUUACAUUUUAAGCCCUAUUAAAUUUUGAUUUUCUUUUUUGAUAGAAAUGUAUUUUUUCUCUUUAUAACAAAUUCAAAGAAACGUAAGCUUAGAUGAUGUCUCGCAGGAUUAUGCAUGCUUUCAUUUUUAGUUUAUGUGUUUCAAUACUCAUGUUCAUAGAGAGAUCCUCAAACACACUCCAUGAUUCUGUGAUAAAAGCACUAAAUCUGCCCAUAGAUUUAGGGCAACCACCUAAGGUUACCUUCCACAUCUAAUCAACCCACCUUGGUGCUUUCCUGCAAGACAACCUUACGAUAAUCACUAGAGAAAGUGAUAAUAUUUGACCAUGGAAUGAUGAGUCUGAUGAAGUGUUCAUAUUGAUGUUAGACUAAGAACCUUACAAUAAACUCUGGCGAGCAUAUUUUUAUAGAAUAAGGAGUGUGUUCGAAAAUGCAUUUUUGGAUUCACCUCGCACUGAACCUCUUAUAGAAACAAAAACUGUUUUGAAACACAAAAAGAUAGAAAAUAUUUAGAAAAUGAACCUCUUAUAGAAACAAAAACUGUUUUGAAACACAAAAAGAUAGAAAAUAUUUAGAAAACAAAAAUAUACAUUAAAACGUAUGAAAAUGUAUACCGUUUAUAUGUUAGUAUCAAU